AUGCAAUCUCCUAAGGAGUCACAUUUGGAGGCAGCUUUAAGAGUGAUUAGAUAUGUAAAGAAAGAACCAGCUCUAGGAUUGUUUAUGUCCUCAAAAAGUCCAAUGGAGUUGGUAGCGUUUUGCGACUCAGAUUGGGCCUCCUAUGCUGUUAGCAGAAAAUCAGUUUCGGGAUAUUGUGCUAAGCUGGGAGACUCUCUUCUAUCUUGGAAAACCAAGAAACAAAAUACAAUAGCUAGGUCUUCUACAGAAGCCGAAUACAGGAGUAUGGCUACAGCUGUGGCAGAAUUAACUUGUGGUAAGUAUUUGGCCUUUGUUACCGGAGCACUGAUUCAAUAUGGUUCUGGUGUUUCUUUCAUAAAUUCGCUUAUAACUGCUGGAUUUUAUGACUUGACACUAGAACUGCUUGAGAAAUAUGAAGGUCGUUUAGCUACAAAGAAGUUGUCUUCUGGUGAGUCUCUUUUGAGAGCAAUAGCAGGAAAGCAAUCUGCAUUUGCUAGUGGAAGACGAAAAAGGCUUGCCAGUGGAAGACGAAAAAAGCUAAAGUUUUGGCAAUACCUUAACCUUUUUAAGCUUCGGAGUCAUUUAAGGGAAGUAAGAGAGAAAAAGUUGAAGCAUGACAAUGCACUUAAACUUGUCAAACACUUGUGUGAGGAAAUUACAAAGAAUCUAGACCAUGAACAAGCUUCCUCAAUUUUGGAACCACCGCUCCUUUUAGCAGCAGAAUUGGGGAUUUGUGAAGUUGUGGAAGAGAUUAUAAAGUCAUUUCCUGAUGCAAUCUGGUUUACAAAUGAUGAGAAACAAAAUGUAUUCCAGUUGGCAGUCAUGAAUCGUCAAGAGGAAGUAUUUAACCUCAUAUUUCGAAUAAGUGAUCACAAAAAUUUGUUGUUGAUGUCUCAUGAUGAUAAAGAAAACAACAUCUUGCACCUAGCUGGAAGAUUGGCACCCUUAAAUCAACUAAACCUUGUUCCUGGUGCAGCUUUGCAGAUGCAACGUGAGUUACGUUGGUUUAAGGAAGUACAGAAAAUUGUUCAGCCUGACUACAAAACAGAUCUAAACUUUGAAAAUGAAACACCUGCAGUAGUGUUUACUAAGGAACAUGAAAAACUCGUUAAAGAAGGUGAGGAAUGGAUGAAAGGUACAGCAACCUCAUGCUCAGUAGCAGCAGCAAUCAUUGCCACAGUAGUUUUUGCAGCAUCAAUCACUGUACCUGGUGAUUAUAAUGAUAAUGGUCAACCAAAUUAUUAUAAAGAGGCAGCUUUGAAGGUCUUUAGCAUUUCAGAUGCAAUCUCUCUAUCCUCAUCAAUUUCCGCCAUCAUAAUGUUCUUGUCCAUCCUCACUGCACGUUAUGGAGAAAAUGAUUUUCUUGAUUCCCUGCCCCAAAAGUUACUGUGGGGUCUUUUCAUGUUGUUCCUCUCUCUAAUAUCGCUGAUGGUAGCAUUUUGUGCCAUUGUUUAUUUGGUGUAUGCUGACAGAAAGGCGGACGGGAUACCAUAUUUAGCGGUUAUAUUAGCUUUAGUGCCUUUGUUCAUGUAUGCUUUUUCGCAAUUGCCCCUUUUAGGGCAGUUAUUCAUUUCGACUUAUUGUCCUGGAAUUUUCCGGAAGCAAAACAAAAAUUUCUUCUACUAA